AUGGUGUUGAAGGACCUGAAAUGGGACCGCAAGGCGAAGCGGAACUACGAGAAGAAGCAUGGUAUCGUCCUGUCACAACCACUGAAGGCUAAGGAAACACCCAAAGCCCGGUGGCUGGGUAAGAAAACCGCUGAACCCGAAAGUGAAGACGAGUGGGACUCCGAUGUCGAUGGACCGUUACUCGAACACUUCUACCCGUCGAUGAGCGAAGAUAGCCAUCUUACCAGGGACCAGAAACUCAAAUUGAAGAAACAGAUCAUCGCCGAUAUCCAGCGGCAGCUUGAAGAGGAAGCAACUAAAGCUGAACAAGUAGAGGCCGUGGACCGCAGUGACGGCAUCUAUUUGGGAUCUGAAGAAGCUAAAGAAGAGGAUGACCGACGAGCAGCAGCGGCGAGAGUGAUUGAACAGGCUCGGGAACAAGGUGCCAGUGGUGGUGGUGAAGGAAACGAUAAGUUUAAUAUGGCUGAUUUCCUCAAUGAUCUCCAGGAGAAACUGUCUCAGAAGAACCGGAGAAUGCCGACGAUGAAGAACGUCGCUGACCUUGACGAGUACGGUUUAAGCCAUCGAGAUUUGAUCAAAACCACUGACGACUACAACGACAUGUUCCACAAGUCUCAGAAUCAAAGAUCAGUGAACAAAUUGAAGGACGACGAAUUGAUUGGCCAUGUCAUUGGUACUGAGUUCAAACUGAGUAGAGGAAGAGGAGGAGCAGGAGGAGAAAGAGAGCUGAGAGUACUCACGGCCGAAGAGAUUGCUGAGCAACAGCGACGAGACGAGAUGGCUAAGCGCGAUGCUCGUUGGCGUAAAUUGAAACAGAAACUCGCCAGUGAGGGGGCUACGGGUAAAGCGAUUGAAGUGAAUAAUUUCGAUAAUGAAGAUGAAGAGAAAGUGGGGUGGCUUGGCCUGAAGAUUGAGAAAAGUGGCGAAGGGUUGAGUGGAGACUGGGAAGAUGACUUAAGCGAGUUAUUGGGACUGAAACUAGCCGCAGUUGAGGAGGACAAUCACACUCUGGAAGUGAACCAGCGUCCCUCUAACGUAGUAAAGCCAGUGUCGGUUAAGGCCCCGAGUAAAGCCGAUAUCCAGUUCUUGGAUGACCUCUUAGGCUAA